CAAAACCAGGAAACAGGAAACACAUGAGUUCAGAGAAACUGAAACUGAAGUGUAGUUGAGCUGUCGUGUUUUUGUGUCUCUGUGUGCAUGCAGUAAAAUGGCAGAAGCCAGAUUUUCUCAGGAUGAGUUCAUGUGUUCAGUGUGUCUGGAUCUUCUGAAGGAUCCAGUGGCCAUUCCCUGUGGACACAGUUACUGUAAGAUCUGUAUUACAGGCUGCUGGGAUCAGGAGGAUCAGAUGAGAGUCUACAGCUGCCCUCAGUGCAGACAGACCUUCAGUCCAAGACCUGCUUUAGGUAAAAACACCAUUCUGGCUGAAAUGGUGGAGAAACUGAAGAAGAUUAAACUUCCUGCUGACUGUUACGCUGGAGCUGGAGAUGUGCAGUGUGACGUCUGUACUGGAAGAAAACACAAAGCCGUCAAGUCCUGUCUGGUGUGUCUGGAGUCUUACUGUCAAACUCAUUUUGACCGUCAUGAGGAGUUUCACUCACGUAAGCCACAUAAAGUGACUGAAGCCACUGGACGACUGCAGGAGAUGAUCUGCCCGAAACACGACAAGAUCCUUGAGGUUUUCUGCCGCACUGAUCAGAAGUGUAUAUGUGUGCUGUGUAUGGAUGAACAUAAAAACCACGACACUGUAUCAGCUGCAGCACAGAGGACAGAGAAACAGCACCAGCUGAAGGAGACGCAGAGGUUGUUCCAGCAGAGGAUCCAGCAGAGAGAGAAAGAUCUUCAGCAGCUGAGAGAGGCUGUGGAGUCUCAUAAGCGCUCUGCACAGACAGCAGUGGAGGACAGUGAGAGGAUCUUCACUGAGCUCAUCCGCUCCAUUGAGAGAAGCCGCUCUGAGGCCACACAGCGGAUCAGAGAUCAGGAAAAGACUGCAGUGAGUCGAGCUGAAGGACGACUGGAGCGACUGGAGCAGGAGAUCAAUGAUCUGAGGAGGAGAGACGCUGAGCUGGAGCAGCUUUCACACACACAGGAUCACAUCCAUUUCCUGCAGAGUUUCCAGUCUCUCUCAGCUCCUCCUGAAUCUACAGACGUAAAUGACGAUCCCUUCAGUUCUCUCUCCUCUUUUGAUGUUGUGAGAGAAUCUGUCCAUCAGCUGAGAGACAAACUGGAGGAUUUCUGCAAAGAGGAGCUGAAGAAGAUCUCUGACAGAGUCACUUUCAGCAACAUUGUUCCCAGAACCAGGAACGACUUCCUACAAUAUUCCCAUCAGCUCAAUCUGGAUCUGAACACAGUGAAUAAACACCUCCAUCUCUCUGAGAGGAACAGAGUGAUUACUUACACUGACACAGUCCAGCCGUAUCCUGAUCAUCCAGACAGAUUUGAUUAUUGGGAGCAGGUGUUGUGUAGAGAGAGUGUGUGUGGACGCUGUUACUGGGAGAUUGAGAGGAGUGGGAGAUAUGUGUUUAUAUCAGUGUCAUAUAAGAGAAUCAGCAGGAAGGGACGGGGUAAAGAGUGUGUGUUUGGAUCUAAUGAUCAGUCCUGGAGUUUGGUCUGCUCUUCCUCCAGUUACUCAUUCAGACACAAUAACAUAGUGACUAAACUCCCAGUAAAGCCCAUCAUCAGUAGAAUAGGAGUGUAUGUGGAUCACAGUGCAGGAACUCUGUCCUUCUACAGCGUCUCUGGAGACACAAUGAGCCUCAUCCACACAGUCCAGACCACAUUCACUCAACCGCUCUAUCCUGGGUUUACUGUUUGGUCUGGAUCAUCAGUGAAACUGUCUGCUGUGUUUGUGUCUCUGUGUUCAUGCUGUAAAAUGGCAGAAGCCAGAAUUUCUCAGGAUGAGUUCAUGUGUUCAGUGUGUCUGGAUCUCCUGAAGGAUCCAGUGGCCAUUCCCUGUGGACACAGUUACUGUAAGAUCUGUAUUACAGGCUGCUGGGAUCAGGAGGAUCAGAUGAGAGUCUACAGCUGCCCUCAGUGCAGACAGACCUUCAGUCCAAGACCUGCUUUAGGUAAAAACACCAUUCUGGCUGAACUGGUGGAGAAACUGAAGAAGAUUAAACUUCCUGCUGACUGUUACGCUGGAGCUGGAGAUGUGCCAUGUGACGUCUGUACUGGAAGAAAACACAAAGCCAUCAAGUCCUGUCUGGUGUGUCUGGAGUCUUACUGUCAAACUCAUUUUGACCGUCAUGAGGAAUUUCACUCACGUAAGCCACAUAAAGUGACUGAAGCCACUGGACGACUGCAGGAGAUGAUCUGCCCGAAACACGACAAGAUCCUUGAGGUUUUCUGCCGCACUGAUCAGAAGUGUAUAUGUCUGCUGUGUACGAUGUAUGAACAUAAAAACCACGACACUGUAUCAGCUGCAGCACAGAGGACAGAGAAACAGCACCAGCUGAAGGAGACGCAGAGGUCGUUCCAGCAGAGGAUCCAGCAGAGAGAGAAAGAUCUUCAGCAGCUGAGAGAGGCUGUGGAGUCUCAUAAGCGCUCUGCACAGACAGCAGUGGAGGACAGUGAGAGGAUCUUCACUGAGCUCAUCCGCUCCAUUGAGAGAAGCCGCUCUGAGGCCACACAGCGGAUCAGAGAUCAGGAAAAGACUGCAGUGAGUCGAGCUGAAGGACGACUGGAGCGACUGGAGCAGGAGAUCAAUGAUCUGAGGAGGAGAGACGCUGAGCUGGAGCAGCUUUCACACACACAGGAUCACAUCCAUUUCCUGCAGAGUUUCCAGUCUCUCUCAGCUCCUCCUGAAUCUACAGACGUAAAUGACGAUCCCUUCAGUUCUCUCUCCUCUUUUGAUGGAGUGAGAGAAUCUGUCCGUCAGCUGAGAGACAAACUGGAGGAUUUCUGCAAAGAGGAGCUGAAGAAGAUCUCUGACAGAGUCACUUUCACCAACAUUGUUCCCAGAACCAGGAACGACUUCCUACAAUUUUCCCAUCAGCUCAAUCUGGAUCUGAACACAGUGAAUAAUCUCCUCCGUCUGUCUAAGAGGAACAGAGUCAUUACUGGCACUGACACAGUCCAGCCGUAUCCUGAUCAUCCAGACAGAUUUGAUCAGUGGGCGCAGGUGUUGUGUCGAGAGAGUGUGUGUGGACGCUGUUACUGGGAGAUUGAGUGGAGUAGUGAUGGUGUGUAUGGUGUGUCUAUAUCAGUGUCAUAUAAGAGCAUCAGCAGGAAGGGAUUGGGUAAAGAGUGUGUGUUUGGAGGUAAUGAUCAGUCCUGGAGUUUGAUCUGCUCUUCCUCCAGUUAUUCAUUCAGACACAAUAACAUAAAGACUAAACUCCCAGUAAAGUCCAUCAGCAGGAGAAUAGGAGUGUAUGUGGAUCACAGUGCAGGAACUCUGUCCUUCUACAGCGUCUCUGGAGACACAAUGAGCCUCAUCCACACAGUCCAGACCACAUUCACUCAACCGCUCUAUCCUGGGUUUAAUGUUGGUCCUGGAUCAUCAGUGAAACUGUGUUGAUGAAUCAGAAUAGACUGUAGAGAGAUUCUACCCAUAAUGCUUUGAGCUGCAUGAUGAAUCAGAUGUUAUCCUCAUAAGACCUGGGAAAAAAUGUUUUUUUUAAUUUAGUAUUUAGUCCAGUAUUUUUUUAAUGUCAUUUCAUUGUUUAAAGUAUAAGGAACUAAUUCAAUUUUUUUAUUAUUUAUUUAUUUAUUUUUUAAUUAAAAUUAUAUUAUAUUAUAUUUUAUUCAUAUUUUAUGCUGCAUAUUUUAACUGGACUUUUUUACUUUUUCACUGUUGCUGCGGGUUUUGCAACUCAGCGGGUUGAAACGACUGCACUAACGUGAUAUUUAGCAAACAGAAUGCUAUUUUUACCGGGAUACCCCACGGAACACGAGUGGGCUAGUUUUGGACUAGUUUUGAAAAGCAAUUGAGUGGAUUUUGUGGUAAAAAACCUGGCAACCCCGUUUGUAUCGUUCUUUUGCACAUGCAGGUCAAUUCAGAGCCAUGAUCUGUUCACACUGGAAAUCUGGGGCCGUACCAUGGGUGCAGCAGGCACAAUGAUAUUACGCAGCGCCUGUGACCCCCUGCUUGCCCAGGGAGCGUGCCUUGCAACCAUGGAGACAUUUGUGAGAGACGCUGUGUAAUAUCAUUGCGCCUGCUGCACCCAUGGUACGGCAGCAAAUUUCCUUGAUUAUUAUGCCAGAAUGAGAGUAUAGUUCCAUAUUGGCCUAGAAAAUCACAACUUUUCAUUUUCUGUCGGUUCUUAGUACACAAUGUAACUACAGAAGAGUCUAGUUUUAAAUAAGAGAAAUACUGAAACUCAUUGGUCAUUUUUGAGUGAGAUGCUAACGGUCUAAUCAGAUUCAAUGAACUAUGCUAAGCUAUGCUAAAAGUGGUACCGCCAGACCCGGAGAUCAGCUGAAUGGAUUCAAAAACGGUAAAACUCAACUGUUUAACUCUAGGGGAGUUGGAAAAUGAGCCUAUUUUCAAAAAAAGUGGAGUGUUCCUUUAAGUAUAAAAGCAAGUUAUCAAAUUUCUUAAAGCUAAGAACCACUCUUUCUCUCCCAGUUAUUUAAGACAGCUCGAGAGGUCUCUCAAGUGGUUAGGAGUUGCCAGUACGGGCUUGUGAUGGCACUGAGGCAGACAAAUCUUUCAGGGGAGCAAGAAUGUUUUUGAAAUGUUUGACGACGAGCAGUUACAGUUAACUUGUUCGACUAAUUCAGCAAGCAGUAGCGCUUCUUCCUCCCACCAGUUUGGUUUUCUUUUGGAAUCCAUAGUGGCUGGUUAUAUCAUAAAAUUUAGACUACAUAUAGGCAUAUCAGUUAACAGCACACCGGUUGCAAUUAAAACAUUGUGGAAAAUUCUCAGAGGCUUGAUGAAUACGGACCCAGAGCCUAACAACUCUGUGAAAAGAUAAAAACAAGUAUUGAGUCAAAUCAUCAUGAGUUCAAUCCAGAUAACUCGGAAAUAUAUUAGGUAUGAAAGAAGGAAAACUGUAAGCUGAACUCUGAAAUCAGUCCAGAUGAAUCCCAUCAUUACUGUAAAUGUCAGAAUUGUUGGAGUUUCUUUGUUCAGUGGUUCAUGCUGCUUGUCCUGAUCUAGAAAGCAUCCUGACAUGAUAAAACCAUGUCUUUCUACAUGAACUGUGGUAAUACCAUGGUCUGAAUUCAUCAUGUAGUGUUGUGGUGAAUAAUGUCAGUGUUUUCUUUCUAUAUCUGUCAUGUGAUCGUCCCGCUGCUGCUCUCAGUGCUGUAAUGAACACAAAUAAUUCAGGCAACACUUUAGAAUACUGUUCCAUCAUUAAUGAAUAACUACACAGGCACAAAUGAGUAAUGCAUUAUGAACACUCUAGUAACUGCUAUCAACUAACAAGAAACUCUGAUUAGCAAAUUAGUAGUAGUUCACUAUUAUUUUUUAGCUCCCAGAGAAUUACUACUAUAUACAGGUUCAUAAUUAAUAUGAAUUAUGCAUAAUGUAUAAUUAAUUCUAAUGUGAAGGUCAUGGUAACCCACUAGUAAUGACUGAAGUAUUACCAAAUACUUCAGAAGGAAUUACUAAUUAUUUGGAUCAGUUUCAUUUGUUCUAUUGUGUGUAAUCCAUUUUUUCGCUCUUAUUUUUUAAUAUCUAUAUUGUGAUAUAUCGUUACUGUUAUCGUUAUUUUAAUUAAAAUGUCUUAUAUCUUAAGGUUUUGAUCAUAUUGCCGACCCAAAAAUGACACAUAAUAUGAACUCUGCUUUAUUAAGUCAUACACUCGUGCACACUGCGCAGUCUUCACACGAACGAGCGCUUCAAUCGAUCUCUUAACGCUGUUGCAGAGAAUUAUGUUCCGGUGAAAUCGCAAAACAAAAUACACAUAAAUGUGUCCCUGCUCUUGAUGUACAAUCACUGAUGAACAUUUUUGGUUUUAAUAAGAAAAAAAUAAAAUACAUUAUAUACUUGGGUGGAUUAGAACCUCUGGCACGCUGAGCAAAAAUUCUACCAUUGGUCCAUCAGGACAGUCUACCAAUGCAUGCGGAUCCACAUAUUUAUUGACUAAUGUAAAUACUCAUGAGACUAAUUGUAUUAUAAUAGAUGUAAGGAUGAAACUAUCACAUUAAACAUGAGGUCUAUGUCAAUAAAUUUUGUGCAUUUAUUAUUGUAAUAAUACAAUUACAAUACACCCCCCGACCACACACAUUCCUGUCACACCCACUUUACCAAAGUUACGCCACUGGAUUUAGUGUUAUCAGCUAUAUCAGCAAUAUGAAGAAACUUAAAGGAACACUCCACUUUUUUUGAAAAUAGGCUCAUUUUCCAACUCCCCUAGAGUUACACAGUUGAGUUUUACCGUUUUCGAAUCCAUUCAGCCGAUCUCCGGGUCUGGCGGUACCACUUUUAGCAUAGCUUAGCAUAGUUCAUUGAAUCUGAUUAGACCGUUAGCAUCUCGCUCAAAAAUGACCAAAGAGUUUCAAUAUUUUUCCUAUUUAAAACUUGACUCUUCUGUAGUUACAUUGUGUACUAAGACUGACGGAAAAUGAAAAGUUGUGAUUUUCUAGUCCGAUAUGGCUAGGAACUAUACUCUCAUUCUGGCAUAAUAAUCAAGGAACUUUGCUGCCGUACCAUGGCUGCAGCAGGCGCAAUGAUAUUACGCAGCGCCUGUGACCCGCUGCUUGCACAGGGAGCGUGCCUUGCAACCAUGGAGACAUUUGUGAGAGACGCUGCGUAAUAUCAUUGCGCCUGCUGCACCCAUGGUACAGUCUUAGUACACAAUGUAACUACAGAAGAGUCAAGUUUUAAAUAGGAAAAAUAUCGAAACUCUUUGGUCAUUUUUGAGCAAGAUGCUAACGGUCUAAUCAGAUUCAAUGAACUAUGCUAAGCUAUGCUAAAAGUGUAACUCUAGGGGAGUUGGAAAAUGAGCCUAUUUUCAAAAAAAGUGGAGUGUUCCUUUAAGAGCAUCAUAUGAUACAAUGUCAUCUAUACGAUGACAUUGUAUCUUACUCGUUGUCCGUGUGGUCUUACCUAUGCAGGUAAGACUUCUAGAUCAUUAUGCAUGCCAGGCUUGGGAGUGUUACUUUAAAAAUGUAUUCCGUUACAGUUACAAAUUACUUCAUAAAAAAGUAUUCAGUAAUGUAAUCCAAGUACCACAAUAUGAAAGUAAUGUAAUCUGAUUACUUUUGGAUUACUUCAAGGUCACAUAGGCCUAUAUAAAGAAAGAAAGAAAGAAAGAAAGAAAGGGGUCAACUUCACUGUAAAUAAAUUGCAUUUAUAAAUUUAAUUUUAAUUAUUUCUUUUCAAUUUUUGCAUGUUUUUAAAUGUUACACGUUCUAUACUUUUGAAUGGGUCUCAACUUAUCUGUUGCAAUAUUAUUGUCGUUGUUGUUGUUUAGAGCUUAAAAAUAUAAAAGUGACAUCAGAUCAAAACCAAACUGAACAAGCUCGGACAUUUCUGUUCAUGUUUGUUCUGCUUUAAUUUUAAUGUUUAGCAUUUGGGUUACUUUUAAAACCUAUUAAAACUGCAGUAAUGACUCAUUUCCACAACUUGGGAAUACACAGCCCUGCAUAUACAGGUGCUGGUCAUAUAA